GCAACUUCACAUCCUAUGAAAAACAGGAAGCGAGGGAUUGUAGCUUUCUUGUUUAGUAACAUGUACAGCUAGCUUUUUCUAUAACACAAAGACUAAAUUGUUGCAAAAGAACUGGAAAUUUGAGUAAUUUAAUUUAGCAUUUAAUUAGAAAACACCGGCUAUUGAUAGUGUAUUGUGUACCUCAUAGACGCUACCUCAAGUUUGUGCAGCUAAAAGGGGGAUGCUUGUGUAUGUUUCUGAGUGGUUCCCGAGGCUUUUGUAUCUUUAUGCUCAGCUCAUUGUGAUUUACUCCUAAAAGAGAAUUACUGAUGAAGUUGCGGUGUGAAGGAGAGUGCAGACAGGACGGAAGCGACAGCAGUUCGCGCAUGCGGGGUAUCGAUCCGGUUGGGACGGACAGGGACUGACUGACCCCGGAGAAAUGGAGGAUGUAAUCAGUCUGAGCUCCGACGACUCGGAUGUGGAGAUAGUCAGUUCUUUCAGCGCGUUCAGCGCCAAACUGCCACUGUCCGAAGUCCGAGUGGACCUGGACGCGAAAAACGUCAGCAUUCCACCGCAAUAUAUUGACCUCACAGAUCCAAGAUGGUCUUUUCCAAAACUGAAGCUGUGCAGCCGGGAAUAUUCCACUGACAGGCCUGUGAUUGACUUAACAGCGAGCGACGCCAAUGAGAUUUAUGUGGACACAGAGAACUUAUCCCCAAAACACGACGAUUUGCCAGGUGAUAAAGAUGAUUGUGAAAUCCUAAAGGCCGAUGUCUGCAACCUGCUGAAAAGACCUUCCAAAGACUGCUCAGUUUUUACUCCACAUGCUGCAAAACAGAGACGCUUGAAUUCACCAAGUCAGCAACACGAGGAACAAAAAUCUCUUUGUCCUGAAACACCUGUUGUGAAGUUGAAGGACUUACCAUUCCCUGAGCUGAAAACAUCCUCCCUCUCUGUGCGGUUAGACAGUCCUUCCGAGAUGUCUCUAUCCUCCACAGAGCUGAACUCUAAAGAUGAAGCGGAAAUAUGUGUGGAUAAUUUAAGGGAAACCACGGCAGCUGUCCAUGAAGAAAAGACUGAGGGACUUGCACAGUUGGUGGAUAACGAAGCACAGAAACUCCAGGGUUCGGUUGAUUAUUCGAGCGCGGGGGAAGAAAACUCUACUGCAACUAUAGGAGAGCAGAACACUAAUGAAGAUGGUUUCCUCUCGUCUAACUGUAAUCCGUCCCCGAAUUCCACCCCGUCAUCUCAAGAUGAAAGGCAAAGAGAACCCCUCAGCUCCAACCUCAAACAAGCAGGAUCAGAAAACACUCAAUCCAGCCAGAGCUCCUCCUUUAGUGUCUCCUCUCCUCAUUCCUUAAUAAUUGCAUUUAACUCUCGUGAGAGUUUGGAAUCUUCCUCUCCAGUGUCGGACUGUGGCAGCCAAAAUGACCAAGUGCUCAUCUGUGGAGAUGAACCGAAUGCAAAAACCCCUGAGUGGGAGCUGGAGACAGAGAAGUAUGGAGAUGUGGGGCCUGACAGUCCAGUGUCUUUCCUAUGGCAAGAAGAAAGUGAGGAAGAGGAGAGUAGAUGUGACGCAGAUUUAACUGCAGUCAGCAGGGCAGAUAGGAACUAUGUGUGUCCGAAGUUUCUCAGGAAAGUGAUGGCACGACGCGGUCACUUCUCGAUCGACGACGAAAAUGAGAGUUUGGAAAUCCCAGAGGUGUUGUGCCGUCAGAGCCUGUGCCUGGUGUACAGCACCAUUGAUGAGUGCUACCCAGAAAGCACUUUGCAGCUCCUGUCUGACCUGCUGCAGCCUGGUUACUACCCACCCAAAGAUAUCAUGGUGCACCUGCUCCGCGGGAUCCUGCUUGACACUCAGGGUCCAUAUUACCUGUGUGUGCAGGCGUUUAACCUGCUGAUGAGGACGCAGAGACACCACAUAGCUACUAAAAGUACAGUUCCAUGGGACUGGGAGUUACUUUCAUCCGUUAUGUCCAAUCAGGACCAGAGGAAGGAGCUCAGAGGUGAAGUUGUGUGCAUGGUCCUGGAGUACAUUGUACAGACUUUGGAGGAUGACUUCUAUCUCAAGCCGUCUCCAACCAGUCUAAACUACUCGCUCGCAAAGGCAUCGCUGUCGUGUGAUCGUCAGUUUCCUCGGGUCAGAGAUGUUAUUAAGUGGUUGUUUUCAGCAAUCGUGAAUUCGACAGAUUGUGGAGAAAAUGAGGAAGCUGCCAGAAAGAGAGAUGAACAAAUGAGAAUAGUCUCCAUGUUGCAAAGGAUGCUGUCCCUUGCUCUGGAGGUGGACCGUUCUCCUGCUCUGAGCUCUGCCAAACUGGCUCAGGAGCUCUUCCUCAUGCUCCUCAGUGAUGCUCCUCUGCGAGCACACAGGAUGCUAUUGCUGGACAGCCUGCAGAGCAAACUGCUGAGAUGUAAGCUGCUGGAACUGCUGCUGGACUACGCAUGCCCCAAAAAACUUGCUGUGCCCAUGUCACUCACUUUACUGCUGCACUUUAUGAAGAACUGCACUCUGGCACCAGACCCCACGGACGGAACAGAAAGGUGGCUGAAGUGGGAAGAGUUGAUCCAUCUGCUGUGGAUGCUGCUGCUCAGCUACAAUAAAGCAAUGAAAGGGUACCUGUCCAGCUUCUACAGAAACCAAAAAGACAAAGCACGCCCGCCAGUUUACAAGCCCCAUGACAUGGUUUCAAAGGCUGCUGUUCGAGAAGCUGUGGAGGCCUUCCUGUCCAGAUCCCAGGCUGACCUGGACCAAGCCUUACCUUUGCAUGUGGAAGAGUCUCUAACGUAUCUGCAGGAUUACCUGCUAGAUAUCUGUCAGAGCUAAACUCAAAAUGUCCCUCUCUUUUUUGAGUGAUGAACUAUAUGUUUAAAAUAAACAUAAGAAUUGUUGGA